GGCCCCCAAGAUGGUUUGAAGGCAGCUGACAAGAUCACAGCGUUGCCAGGCGAACCAAAGGGCGUGAAUUUUGAUCAAUAUUCAGGGUAUGUAACUGUUGAUCCUAAGGCUGGUCGAGCUCUCUUCUACUAUUUUGCUGAGUCUCAAAAUCCAUCUACGAAGCCUCUGGUGCUCUGGCUAAAUGGAGGUCCUGGUUGCUCUUCACUCGGGGCAGGAGCUAUGAACGAACUCGGACCGUUUCGAGUUACUAAAGGCGGAAAAAUGCUGUGGAAAAACCCAUAUGCCUGGAACAAUGUGGCAAAUAUAAUUUUCCUGGAAUCUCCUGCUGGUGUUGGAUUUUCUUACUCAAACACAUCGUCAGAUUACAUCACCGGAGACACAAAAUCUGCUGCAGACGCUUACACAUUUCUAGUCAAUUGGUUAGAAAGAUUCCCAGAAUACAAAACCAGAGACUUCUUGAUGACCGGAGAAAGUUAUGCCGGCCAUUACGUGCCUCAACUUGCUCAAUUGAUCCUCCAUAACAACAAGAUAACUAACCACACUGUUAUUAAUUUGAAAGGAGUUGCUAUUGGUAAUGGAUACUACGAUAUUGAAGCACAAGCCAAUGGAUCUUAUGAUUAUUACUGGACACAUGCCCUAAUAUCUGAUGAAAUCCAUCAUGGUAUAGUUUCCAAUUGCAAUUUUUCCUCAGCGGAUCCACCUACAGAGGCUUGUCAAGCAUACCAAAGCCAAGCAAAUUCAGCUAUAGGCAAUAUCGAUAAUGACAAUAUUUAUGCUCCCUUGUGUUCUUCAAAUACUCCUCCAUGGAUAAAUGCGUAUGAUCCAUGCUCAUUUAAUUAUUCUUACACUUACCUGAAUACUCCUGCCGUGCAAAAGUCACUUCAUGCUAAUACAACUGGAAUCCCUGGACCUUGGGAGACCUGUUCUAAUUGGGAUGAUGAGCCAGACACAGUGUUACCUUUAAUCAAGGAGCUCACUUCAAGUGGCAUUAGCGUUUGGCUGUACAGCGGAGACACAGAUAGUGUAUGUUCUGUGACAACAACUAGGUACGCCUUGAACAAACUUGGGUUAUCCAUUAAAACUCCUUGGUAUGCUUGGUAUACUCAAGACGAGGUUGGUGGUUAUGCAGUGGAAUAUGAAAACUUAACCUUUGUUACAGUAAGGGGUGCUGGACAUCUUGUUCCGAGUUAUCAGCCUGCCCGGGCACUAACUUUGUUCGCAUCCUUCUUGGAUAGAAAGCUUCCACCUUCCAACCACAGCUAA